UCAAAAGCCGAAACAAGACGUAUAGUGGUCGUGUUCAACGGUAAAGCCAAAAAGGGAAACUUGACUACAGAAGUAUCCAUGGGGCUCCUUUCGCUCCCUAGCAAUCGCGCAGGAUAACGAAGGUUUCGCGCGAUUUGCAGACAUCAGUACCUUUAUAAAUAUUUUCAGAUUCUCGAAAAUGAUAUUUCUUCCACAAGACUUGUUCUUUACUGCUACAAAUCUCCUUGUUUCUUCAUCAACUGAUCGUCGAUGGAGCGUAAAACUUUCUCUGCGAACUUGAAGGAUGCUAAUAAUCAGAAAGUGAAAAAGAGAAAAAACAGAGAGUGUACGAAAUAUGCAAAGAAAACGAAGAUGAUUCAGCAUUCCUUACGUGCUAUUGGUGAGGAAAUUGAGGAGAACGAGGAGGAAAAUGGUUCCAUUCUUCAGAUGCUGCAACGAAAGCAGCUUGACAUCAAACAGCAGAAAGCUGACUUCUGUGAUUCGCAGAACAAAAUAAUCACUGCACAUGAAAACUGUGUAGGUGCGUUGUUGCAAAAGCCAUUAGUCCAAUACCUCAUGGCGGGAUCUAACCAGCUAGAAAUUGCGCAAUGUGUUAUGUUUUCUCCAAAUGCCAAUUCGGAUGAUAGGAUUCCAUCCGAGGAUGGCAUUGUUGAAUUGAAACAUCGUUCUAAGAUGUCGGAUAAGCAGAUUGAAGUUUUAUGCAAAAUCUUGACAGGAUGACAAGCUUGAAAGGAGAUUCGCAGAGGAUCUGGAAUCAAGAUGUCGGUUGUGUGCUGCCCGGAUAGAUGCUAUUUUUCAUGUCUUUCCCCUGAUUCCAUCUGGAUUCAUACCAUGUGAUGAAACAUAACAUCCCAAAUAAUGAAUUUUCCAUUCUGUUUCUGAAUCUUGUCGCUCUGUGGAGGACAGAAUGCUUUUAAACUUUGAGUGCAUUUACAUUUGCGUAA